GUUUGUUAGCCAUCUCGAAGGACUUUUAUUAUGGAAACAGGUCCCCUCACUGGUGGCUAUUAUCAUAUUUGACUUCACUGUACUUGACUCACUUUAGCUAAAUGCUUGCUCGUAUUUUUUGCUGCUAGCCUACCCGUUUUGUAACAACUACAUUUUGGAAAUCAACAUCCUUCAGUAGUUUACACGGAGGGUCACGAAGGUCAUUGGGUCAGCGAUGACAUAAUGUACCCGGUUCAGUUCUUCAGUUCUUGUGACCGAAUCGUUCUUUUGAGUCGGAUCUUUUCAAUGAAUCUCUACUGACUCCACCUCCGAGAACAGAUCGCAAGAAAUUGUUGAGUAUAUUUCUCUUACUAAAUGAAGUAAAAGUUGUAGUGUGGUAUUUCGAAUUCGGUAUGGCAUAUUAGCAUACUUUGUUUACUAUUUAAAAGCGUUUUGGCUAAACCGGAUACCGUUGGCUGCUUGUUCUCUUGUCGCUUUGGAUAAAUUCCAGCCAAUCGCUUUUAUACACGUACGAUUCGCAACGAAAUACUUGUAAAGAACAGCAAUAUGUGGCUUAAUUAAAUAAACGCAGCGCCUGGAUGUCAGCACGUGGUGACACGAAUCAUGACGUAAAAGAAUCACUGAAGUGAUUGGUUGAACCGGUUCUUUCAUAUGAACCGAUUCACUGAAAUGAGCCGGAGUUCCCUUCGCUAGACACGUAAACCAGCUCGUUCUCUACACAACGACAGUUUAGCUGCGUGAGAUUAUCUCGGUCUGAACGCCGUGAGUCCGUUGGACUUGAACCGGACUGUUUUUUCGCACGGUAUCGGGCUGUUAAAGUGCCGAAACGGUUCAAGUUACAGCAUGUUUGUGCCGGGCGCAAGUGAACAGGAAUGUGAAGCUGGCUUCGAUAAGUGAACUCGACUGUUUAUGCAACUGAAGCAGAGAGACUGAUGUCUGGAAGGAGUAACUGUAUGUCCUUACUGCAGUCACACAAAACUAAAGAUUUGGGGUGGCAGGUAUGUUUGAUGAUCCGGUCGCUAGUGUGCAGACAUCGAUACAGUUUAGCGUGUAAUGUUAAUGUUGUGGAGCCGAUCGGCUAGUUCAGACAUGCUAACCGACGUCGUUUCGCCCGAGGAAAACGUUUUUAAAGCUCAGAAAUAAACGAAACCCCAAUACCACAAUAAUAUUUUUAGUUGUCGUUUGUCAUUUACAUAAUUAAAGAUUACAUUAUCGUCCUGUCAUUUAGUUAUUUGCACGGGUGUGGCCGUGGGGGUUUUCUGGCUGAUUUGCUCCAAUACAAACACGCCUUAAUACAGGUCUGUUGAGGUGGCAUUGUUCAGAUGCGUCUUAUACUUGUGGCAGUGUAAAACUUUACAGUUCGUCUUAAAGCAACACUCAACGUCGUUUUUUGAAGCUUCAGUAGCUAUACAAUUAGUUUAAGAGCUGUCUGUGCUUAUUGCUUUAUACUAUAGCUAUUAAUGUGUAAUUAUCACUUAUAUUAGCUUCCCCCCCACACACUGACACUUUAUUAAUGUUAUAGCAUUUUAAUUUUCUCCGUUGUGCAUUAUAAAGUAAUAGUGCCGACAUGACCGCAGUUGUAGGGCGAGUUUGGGGGUGGGUCAGUCCAGCGAGUCUGUACUCCUCCUGGGGCAGUAAAACCAAACCUGAGAAACCCCCAACAACGGAGAUUCAGACUAAAAGCAGAUGGGGCUUAUGGGGACUUACUGCCUGGGUUUGGAGGGGCGAGGACCCCAAAAAGGACCAAAAGACAAUCGCUGAGGAAUUCUGGGAGACCGAGGAGACUUUCAAGCCAUUGGAAGUUGAAGAGCUGGGGCCUGAUGUUGAGAUUGAGAAAGCAGCCGCCCGAAGCUCCUCGCGCUGGUGGAGCCGAAUGCUUCCAUCCAGAUACUUUUUCUGGCCCCGGUGGUCGCUGUCCACCCCGCUCCACCAGCAGAAAUGUGCCGGGUGGAGUGAAGGGACGUGGGACAGCGAUGAAGUCGAUGGGGAGUCAGACUAUGGGACGCCUCCGCCGUCCCCCACGCCGCAGACAUCUGCAUUCCAGUUCUUCUCUCGCUCGUGGACGGGAGAAAUCGUGCCUGAGCACUACGAUAUUUGCUUUAAUUUCCUCCGCCACCUCUUUGACUUGUUUGUGGUGGGCUUCCUGACCACCGUAUCCCCUCCGACCAAAUUCAUCUUGGACGUGCUGGGGGUGCAGGGGGCGCUGAAGCUGUGGCUCCACGGGAUGGUCAUGUUUCUGGUGUCUUCUGUCGGGAUGGCCGGACUGCUGUGGGUGGUACAGGAGUACCUGCUGCUGUUCGCGUUGAUCUUCGGUAUCGUGCAAGCGCUGGUCAUCUCUGUCAGCGUACGCCCGAGUGAGGCUUCGGCAGAGGGGGAUGAUGGGAAAGCUGACGGAGAGGUCAAAGAGAGCGAGGAGGAACAGAGCGACAUAUGGGAGCAGAAUGAGCCACAGCAGACAGCUGAAGACAGCAAGAAAGGAGUUAAACAAAAGAGCUGAAGUCCUGGGGAAAGUCUGUUUUUGGUUGUCGACAUGCUGAUAGUCUUUCAUUGAGGAUCUAACCACUUCAACACCGACCACCAACAACUCCCCAUGAGCGAUUGAAGAGCACCCUAAAUAUACCAGCAGCACCUUCUCUCCACCAGUGGAAAGUUUUUGCUCACUUUAAAAUGUAAUUUUAAUUUUCCCAAAAACAUUUUGAUGUAGCACACCAGCAGGAGAAGUGACCGUGUAAAACUAGAACAUAACAUCUGCCAUCUACACACCUGAAGAACCAUGUACAGAACUGAGGAACCAGCAGUGAUGGAUUGUCAGGGAAUUUCACUGAAAUACUGCGCGAUUCUGAAAGCUGAACUAGUUUUUAUUUUUACCUUUAUAUGGUGAUUUAACAGCUUUGCGACUUGUGCGUACUGCACAUCUGCAUGUGUCACUUUAUUCCUAGCUCAAUAUGGCCUCUAAUGGCAUCAUCGGAUUGUUUAUAUCUGCAAUGUGUCCUCUUCCGUUUAAUGGGUUAAGUCGCCCAUCCUUAAUUCGGUCCAUUAGUCCAGUCACAGGCAAUCUUGGUGUACUUUCUGAGUGCAAUUAUAGAGGAACUGGAUGCAGAUGAUUUUUAAACUACUUUUUUGCAUACAGCAGACCUUAUGUUUAUUUUCAUUCAUUGAACUGGUUUAUAAAAAUCUGACUUCCUUAUGUUUUGGGUUACAUCAUUAGAACCACUCUGUGUUUAAGGUGUAUUUGUGUACGCUUUGUUACAGCAUUAACUGCAAAUGUGUUCUCAGUCUUACGUCAUUUCUAUUUCAGUUGACUAUAUCUGUUGUGCCUCUCACUAUCUGGUACUUUGGCCAGUUCACAGGGAAUUAUGGGUAAAGAAAUUAGAAGUAAUUUUGCACAGUUGCGUACUGACAGCUUAAUAUCCAAUGCGUUGUUGCACAAACUUGUCUCUCGCUUGCAAGAAUAGCUUUCUCUUCCUGAAUGUGUUCCACAGUUUUUUUUACCUAUGCAUGAUACUAUAGAACAAUGAAACAUUUGUGAGUGACUUUUCCUGGUUUAUAAGUUUCCAGGUUGUCCAUGUCAGUUAUUUAAGUGCUAGAAUUGUUGGUUUACUACAACCUUAAGCAAUGCAAGAAUAUGUGUAACCUUUGAAGGUUCUUUAAAAUGUGUUUUUCCAUUACCACUGAAGUGCGGGCCACUGCUGAAACCAGACAGCUGUGAAUAGAAAUGUCUGCUGUAGAGUGAAAUGCAUUGCAGCUCAAGGAUGGAUGUAUCUAGGGUGUGAGAUCUACAUCUACAGUUCUUAAGUGCUGCACACUGAGUCUUUACAGCUUAAUAAACUUUCUUUCCCCGUA